AUGGGAUCGCCUACAACCAACAGCUCAACUGAGAACGGGGCUACUGCCAACCAGCGACCUGCCGCUGAGGCCGUUGCUUACCAAGGCGAGCCUCUGCCCAAUGUUCCAGAAGACCUGGUGGUACCUGGAAUCCUAAGCCUGGACUUUGAGGAAAGGCUUUGGGUGCCCCAGGCCCCAGACGUCUGGUUUCGACCUAUCCUUUUCAAUGUCUCGCAAGGUUAUUUUGUCAACCUGCUCCGUGUGCGUCGCUCGGGCAUCCUUUCUCGCCACCGCCACUCUGGUCCUGUCCACGCCACGGUUUUGAAGGGAAGAUGGCAUUAUCUCGAACACGAUUGGUGGGCGACGGAGGGAAGCCACGCUUUCGAGCCCCCCGGCGACAUCCACACCCUCGAAGUGCCAGAUGGUGUCGAGGAGAUGGUUACAUUAUUCCACGUGACGGGGGCGUACAUAUAUGUCGAUGCCCAGGGAACCCCUCUUGGCGUGGAAGACGUCUUCUCCAAAUUGGCUAGCGCAAAGGCUCAUUAUGAAAAGGUGGGACUUGGUUCAGAUUAUGUCGAUCAGUUCAUUCGUUAA